UCUGGAUCAAGAGAAGCACCAUGCACUUGAAUGGGCCGAAAAGCAUCGGACAGAGAACACUCCGCCAUCGCUUUUCGGCGGCAAAUGCUGCGUUUGAACAGGUCAUCUUACAAAUAGAACUUGAAUUUCCCGCCUCAGUCGUGUAUUAACUUAUAUUUUCAUUGAAAAAUAUUAACAUUUCACACCAGCAAAAGUUGUACUUUGCUCAGCUUUGUUCAUUCUUCGACUUACUUCUUGUUGUUAUGGGUGCCGCUGACCAGAAAAAACACUGGCUUAUAAACAUAAGUUCAUUGUUAUGUCACAUAAAAGUCAGUCAAAGAUCGAUUACAAACUAAUGACUUAAUAAGUUGACCAAAGAUGAAGUCUAAGUAAAUGAAACCGGUCUCCACCCAAAAUUGGGACUGCAAAUUGCAAACUAGUCUUUCAUGGCACUCUCGUACAAAUAAUAAACAAAGCGUCAGUCAAUAAUCAUAAUGAUCAGAUAAUUUACGCGUACAUAGUUUAGCAGUAUUGAUGCAUUUAAUUCAAGAUUGCACACGAAAUUGGGUUUCCUUGCCGUUGUCUAUAAUAAUGUUUCCCACGCAGYCCAGCUACCUCUCUGUUAACAAAAAUAAACAUAGCACGGUGCAAUUAACACUUUUUAUAAUGUUGCAUUGUUCCUGGGAGUGGUAAACUCCAAGAUGAUGAACAGAUCCCUUCCGGGAGGCAAAAUAAAGACUGCUUUCUUCUAAUUGCAUAAUGCGAUUAAUAGGAUACUGUCAAUGCACAGUCUUUUCUGAUUGGUUCGGCUAUAUUGGUGAACCUACCUACAAAUUACAUAAACAAAGUCGCGCCACUUUAUUUGUGCGGCGUUCUUCAAGAUACAUGCAGUAUGCCUAAACGAGGUAGAGAAAGAUGGCGGGAUCCCGCAUACACAUGUAGGGAUUGCGAAGCAUACUAUGCGUCGUACAGUCAAGAGGAGAGGGAGAGGCGAGUACAGACCUCGUGCAGGCACAGAUCAGAGCACAGGCCUGCACCCAGAACACCCCCAGGUUUCUGGAGCAUCGACUUCCCCACAUCUCCAGAAAUCUUGGCAUCGGGGAUGAUGAUCGAUGCCACAAAUGAACCGCUGCCGCCUCUUACAGAGGAGCARAAAAGGAGGAGGAGAAUGAAGAGGAAGAGAAGACUUGAUUUCCUCGAAACAGAGAAGAAGAAGAAGGAGGUGAAGGAGAAAGAGAAGAAAGAAGAGAAAGAAAAACAAGAAGAUAUAUAAAAAUUGAUGUGAGUAAACCUCCAAAUAUAGGCCCG